AUUGGGGGAAGAUCGCAGGACUGCAGCGAAGUAGCCGCAUCACCGCUCGAGAGUAGGUAUUUUCGAGGCAUGAUCGAGGAAAGAAAGUGAGAAAUGAGGCAGAUGCCAACAGGGAAAGCGGUGCCGGCUUUCGGCUUCCUCGCCGUCGGCCUCCUCAUGACGUGGGACACCCUGGCGAGGUGGCACCGGAGUCGUCUGGAUCCUGCCGCAACCCGGUACCGAAACUCACUGCGAUUCAUCCCGGGCCGAUUGCCGCUGGAUUACCUCUUCAUCGCCGUCACUUGCCUCGCUGGAAUCAUAGAAGUGACUGCAUAUCGUGGAAUGGGGUUCGUGGGGUUUCAACAUGCCGGAGGUUAUCUUGGGUUCUUCUUCCUCGCUCUCGUCGUGAUUGGCAAGGAGUGCAAAUCGGAAGCGAUUCCUCCCAAUGCAGAUUAUGCUGCCUCCAUCCUCGCUCUAUCCCUUCACUAUAUUCUCUUGGAAUUUGUGGACUAUCGGGUUCCCUUGGAGAACAGGUCCGUUUCGGCCUUGAAGUACGUGAUCCUCACCUGCAUCGUGGCCUACUCGAUAGAGAUGCUCAAGCCGCAUCAUAUCACGGUAGGGCUAUUCCGAUGCUAUGCCGUGCUUCUGCAAGGGACGUGGUACUCGCAGAUGGCAUACAUCUUCUCCCGGAGACACACCACUUGGGACUUCGAGAGCCUGGAAAACGUGACCACUGCCACAGUCAGCUUCAUCUUGCAAGUCGUCCUCUCGGCCGCCUUCAUCCUCGUCCUCAGCUUCGUCAUCGGUCGACAUCUGAGUUACGAGACGAAAAGAUUGAACCUCUCAGAGCCCAGUGAUCCUCAGGUGUGGCGCAUUCCUUUUUACUUGCGUGGUCGUCGAAUGUCUCCCUACUUCUCUAAGCGUUUUAAGAGAUUGGUCACGUAGAUUCCUUUAUCUUACCGGCGCAUUUUAAUGCCCUUGUGAAAGGUCAUUUCGACAUGAGAGCAGUUGUUGUGCAAAAAAAUCCCACAUCC